CCUUCUGAAUCAAGUCGAAGAAUUCAUUAUUUUGGCGUCAAGUCGACCACAAGCUUCAAAAAAACUACCAAGAUCAAGUACUGUGGCAGAUUACGAGUUGUGAUCAAAAGUUUUGAGUCUCAUUGCUGCGUUUUUGUCCAUUUUUAGAGCAAUUUUCCUAGAGACAGAUUUUUACCGCUUUCGUCCGCCAUAUUGGAUUGCUCAUGAAAAUAGUCUCUAAUGCGCAUGCGUCCGGUUUUUCCGCUCUGUCUUUUGAAGCACUUUUAGAAAUGUGAGCAUGUUUUGUUGUACAUUGGGCAUGCUUUCCUAUGCUUUCAAAAGCUAGAAAUUUGACAAAAAAAUGUUUGCAAUCCAAGAUCCCCAGUCAACUGUCAGACUUUCAGUUCAAUCCCUUGGUCUUCACAAUUCCAGAUUUCCCAAAAAAAUCUCCAAACUAUCCUUCCCUCCUACUGCAUAAAAACAAUAUCUAAUCUUUGGGACCCAGGACACUAAUCAGAUUUUCAAGAUGAUGAAACCAUUUCUUCUAUUUAUUUUGGGAGACCCCAGAAGCUCUACAGACUUGUCUCUUAAAAACUAUCUACAAUCUGUUCUCCUGGAUACUGCUACCUUGGAACUGUAUGCCGAAGAUAAAAUGCAAGACAGUCUACUACCUACUAUUUUGGAUUUUCUGACAUCAUUGUUGUCUUUUUAUAAGUUGGAUUCAAAUAGCAUUGGCCAGACAACUGUUUUGGUUCAUCAGCAAUCAGAGUGGUUUAUUCAAUGCACUUUUAAUACUGAACUUCUCUCUUCUUCAAGAACAAAACAAGCUUACCUCAGUAAUAUUAAAAAGAUAGUGGACCAUCUUUUGUCUCUCUGCUCGGCAAGACUCCGCAACUCCUUAGAUGUCAUGUCAACAUUGCUGGCCAUCAGAAGAAUCCAAAAACAUGUGCCUGAGGUUUUUGUCACACCCAGGACAUUGUGGGCAAUAAAUGUUCUUCUUGUAGAGUCCCCUACUUACUACUCUCUGCAGCUGUUGAAUAUCUGGAAAGAAAUCAUUGCCUACAGGACUGAAGAUCUUGAUAUCCAUGCAGCAAGUCUUGGUGCUGUGAUUCCAUUGCUGCAGCUUUUGUCGUCCAACUGUCAGCAGGCGAAGCAGCUUGCUACUAAAUGUUUUGCACAACUUGAUGUCUUCAGGCAUCAUAAAGACAAAGAGAAAUACCAAGAGAUGUUAAAGGAACUUUCCAAGGAACCUUCAAAACAAUCCUCACCUGUAAUAUUACCAAGCAACUGGCUGGUCCAGAUGGAUGUAUGUGCCAGCAUCACCAGCAGAAUAUUAAGAGACAGUCAGACUGCCAUUACAUGGCUUGCAGCCUUAAAGACUUCAUUAUCUUCAUGUAAAGAUGUUCCAAGCCACGUGUCUAUGAUACUGUCAGUCAUUCUAGUGAUGCCUGAUCCACGUGUAACAUGCGAGGUUUUGAAGGUGAUGCCCUUGGUAUUCUCAGCUAUGCCAUCACAGGUACGUACCGUAUCUCUUAUUAACCAAGUGCAAGGUUAUUUUGGAAUGCUAAUUGAUCAACCUUCUCAACAUGGUGCUGAUCUUCUUGGUCUACUGACAACUCUAAUCAGCAGGAAUGCAAGACACCUUCAAACAAGGGACGACUCUUCAUCUGUUGUGGUUAUUCUGUGUCUUCAGGGUAUCCAAGCCCUUUGUCAAGCUGAGGUUGUUGAUUUGUGUACAGCAUGGCAGGUACUGGCACCUAAACUUGCACAAGAUACUAGGCCUGCUGUGAUCAAAGGGUUAUGUGUUCUCUUUAGUCUUACUCCAAGCCUGGCUACUGAUACAAAAGAAUACGAGGAGUUCAAAAGUGAAGUCCUUGUGUUUCUCUGGAAGUUAACACAACACGAGGAACCAUUCAUUUGUGGCGCAGCUUUUGCCGCACUUUCUAAAUUCGAAGUAGAGGAUUUCAAACUCUUGCACCUUCCUGAAGAGAUCUUGCAACCCAUCAGAGAGAAGCUAAUGUCUUCAAAACAACCCUCCUCUGAUGAAGAUGCAGAGAUUCUUGAACAAACUGUCAACAAUUCUUCACCUCCUGGAGAGGUGUAUGUGACUCUCUUGUCUAAAAUACAUUCCAAAAGUCUGCCAGAUUUUCAGACAUUCCUGACCUCUCUAUUACAACGAGAAGUGGCUUCCAUUCCACGUGGUUUGAUCCAUAAUGCAAUGCGAGCCAACCCGUCACAUGAUCGAGCCUUGGCUGGUAUCCCAACAUUCCUUCAAGCUCAGUACGACAAGUCUAAGACGCCUGGUCUCAACACUGGACUAGCGGUUGGUCUUCUUUUCUGCUUCGAGCCUCCAUUUGAACAGCACGAAGGAAAGAGAGGAAGGCGAUAUCACGUGGACUGUGCCAGGAGCUACCGACACAUGCUUGGCUCGUUACUCCACGAGGUUCCCAUUCAGCCAUCAGAGUGGCAUAGAAAUUUACUGUUACCACAAGCAUGGACUGUAUUCAUGACUAGACUCUACAACACAUGCGUACAGGGUCGCAAGGAAGAACUGGCUUUGCAGUUUAGCCAUGGACACAUUACAGAUGAAAAGGAAUUGAAUGAAAAACAGACCAAUGCUUGGAUGGUGACUCGAGAUAUAUUAACAGAACAAUUACAGUCAGCUUCUCGUGGCAACCCUUCAGUCCAGGGCAAUUCAGUGCUCGCCUUGGCAGGUCUAGCCUUUGCAGUCUGUUCCCAUACAUCUCAAGAUUCUGCCGAAACAACUGGUUCAAACCAGUCUGACGGGGACGGCGUCCAAGGAGACGACAGACAACGCAUGCGUGAUUGGUUGUGCGUCAUUGCUGAUACAUUAAUGGCGGUGCUGGAUGGAAAUUACAAAGCAAAAACAUCUUUAGUUUGGUGUCAACAGGUGUCCUCUCCUACUUCUACAGCAAGUUCGUUACUAGCACGCGCAUGCGCAGCCUUAGCUCUGUCGCAGUUGGUCCCAGUCCUUGUGACUUUGGAACCCGAUCGAGUCAAGACCUUUACUGAGGCUCUGAAACACAGAGUGCCAGGACAGCCCAAAGCUGGCUCUUCUUCAGUGAUCCAAAAUCAUUGUAGUUUAGGUCUUGGCUUGUUACUUAACAAACUGUACCAGGAACACUUCAGUGAGCUGGCAGGAAAGGAGGGAUACAUGAUAAUGGCCACAGCUCUAGACGUUCUUGAAGGUGCUGCCUUGUCAGCUGACCUUGAAAAUACGGAAGGAGCUUGCCUAGGGAUGGGUCUAGCCCUGUCUGCUCUUUGUAGAGAGAACAUCGUGGACUCAAGGGUUCAUCUUCUGACGAUGCAUCAGAAACUAAUAGCCUUGAUACAGGAUUAUGGGCAAGAGACUGCUGAUCAAAGACUACAGUCUCUUUCCUUUAGUUUUUCUUUGGUAUCAGUUAACGCCUAUCACACCGGUAUUAUAUCUGGUGAAGACGCUACUCAAUGUGUACUCUUAUUAAAAGACCUCUCUUCCAAGAACGUUGAGGCAGUUGGUAUGGCAUUGUCGCUUGGUUGUCUUCUACAUGGCCUAGUUACUAGCGGUCACGCUGGUGUGACAGAUUUUGUCACUCAACAGCUUAAGCUCUGGGAAACGUGGAUUGAAAACGAGGAACUUCCAAGCCUUCAGCAGCUCGCUGGCGUGAAUGGGUUGAUGGGAUUGUUAGGGUCUGAGCAGGCUUUGCUUCAGAUGGAUGUGAGUGCUACUGAUGCUGAGAUUGUUGGCAAAGGAAAAUCUUUGAGUAUCUUGAAAACCUUAAAAAGUAUAAUCUCUUCACCUCACGAUGUGGGCGUGGCUGCCAAUAUCGCCUGGUUACUUGGCCAUAUUUAUUCAGCAGCGACGUCGAACAGCAUCUCCAAGACCAGCGUUCCUGCAAAUUACAGCUAUCUUCCUGAGAAAAGCAUCCUACGCGCUGUCUUUGACUUUCUUCUCGCUGCAGGAAAAACUGGGCCGCAUUUGCACUUCUCGAGUCACGUGAUUAAUAGCGUUCUCGUUGGCUUGGUAACCGGACCGGAAGUUGCGCUUCCUCCUGUCAACUGGGCAUCUGUUCUCGGGCCAAUUAUGAGAAGUUCUUUUGGACAAGAGACAAACCGACUGUGUCUUCAAUUCGCGGUUACUCAAGCUAAAUCUUCUUCUAGUCUUAUUUCCUUUUUGUCUUCUUGGCUUAGUACUGCACUCUUUGUUGGGUUACAGCCUGAGUGCCAAAAAGAGCUGUACCAGUCUCUCUCGAAGCUAAUGUACGUGGUACCGUCGGCUCGAUUGCAAGAGUUUUUGAAGGGACCUGUUAUAACCGGUUUCAAUCCAUCCAAGGGUCUUUCAAUAUCAGAGGCCAUUCUCCGUGGUGUUCUCUCGGCCCUUCAAGUUAAAGACCUCCCAAUAUCUGUGUUUGGGUGGAUGUCUUCGACCUUGCAGCAGAUUUAUAAAUCAUGUUCACAAGACGCAUGCGCAAAGUUCCCAUUUAUUUCCGAGUUGCUAGCGAAGUGCUUGGCACAGGUACCUCUCGAGCAGGCCGACAAAUUAACACAGAAAUCAAGCGUCAAGUCUAUAUUAGUUCGCUGUGGGUUAGUCAGCAAUGGUCAGGCACCACUGAAAUGGCUAAAUAUUUGUAUCACGUGGGUACUAGAUUCGACCAAUCAAGAUGCAGCAGACCUCAUGUCCUGGUACAUCGUCGGAGCUUUGAGCGCAACACAGGGAUUCCAUCACCACCGCACGGAUGAUCGAGUGUCCUGGUUUACUGAUGUUAUCAGUCAAAUACGAAUAACAGCUACGAGUAACCAACAAAAAACAUCAGCUGAGACAGUAACCCGUGGCCUUACCCUCCUGUCUGGACUAGCUGUAUACUUUUCCUGUAGUCCACUGUCCUUGGCCAUAGACGCUUCUCCUUUAACCGGACACCAGAAGGAAACACAGACCACGUCCCUCGAGGCCGUCCAAUCGAACCUCCAUGAAUUACUACGUUUGCUGUCUUGCGCUCUUGCGGAGCUCAUGAAAUCAGAUCCAUGGGGCCAUAUAACUGAGAAGCUUCUAGAAUGGUUGUUUGUCAUUCAAGGGUCUUCCGCUGUACAGUCUGACUGCAGUUUACAAAAUAUCAUUCAAGAAUGUAUCGUCGUCUUUAAAGACACUGAGGUGUUCAAGAAGAUGUCUAUGUGGACUGAAGCCCUGACAAGAAUUCAAGGGAUCAUGGCACACCACUAAACCAGGAAAUGAAUAAUAAAGUUUAGAUUAUAGGUAACUUCUAAUAUUCUCUAAUAUUAUCMAGCUAAUAUUACUAUGAACCACCAUGAAAAGUUGGGUGCUUAAACUAGGCUAAAGAUAAAAUUGUGUGGUUGGGAUAAUCUCUAAUAUUUAGUAAUAAUAUCCAACUUUGAAGAGCGGUAUCACAUUUAUUUGAAUCUCCAAUGCAAUGAAAAAGAGAAAUUUUAUUCUUGUAA